AUGACUCAAAGGCAUCACGCCAAGAUCGCCAACAGACUGCAACAUGGCUCACGAUCCGAGACAAGCCCAGCAGCGACUCCACUUAACAACCUGGAGGAGAAGCUUCUGGUGUCUUUCUACCGCUGCUCCAUAGAGAGUGUGCUGGCAUAUUGCCUAACCACGUGGUGUGCCAGCUGCUCAGAAAAGGACAGGAAACCCCUUCAGAGGGUCUUCAACACAGCCCAGAAGGUCAUCGGCUGCUCACUGCCUUCUCUGGAGGAACUCUUCAGCCAACGUUGCCUCAACAGAGCAGGCAAAAUAGUUGCAGACUCUUCACACCCUGGACACUUCCUGUUUGCUCUUCUGCCCUCCGGAGACGGCCAACAAGAAGGAAGCAGCAAAAAAACGGACAAAGGAAACUCUGAAAACAUCUUCAUGCAAAGUACAGCAUGCUACUGGAGGAUUUACUGGAAACAAGUAUUUUUCUUAAGACUUCUGGACGAUGUAAACGCGCACAGUGAAGUUUACAGAAACAGACCCCAGACAAAAAGAGGCUCCUGGCUGUGUGUGUGCCCAGGAAUGAUGCCUCUUUACUGGGUAAUGCUUUGGUCAACGCUCCCUCCUCUGGUUCUCUGCUGUGCUCCAGACCGCUGUUCUGUACACGAAAGCAGCAGCAACGUGUCUCCGCUGCUGAAAUCCUUACAAUGCCACAACGACUACAAGUCCCAUGUCCUCUGCAGCUGGAGGGAGCACAGAAACACAACCCUGACGCUCUGGUUCAAGACAGAAGACAACAGGGAGCAGUGUCUGCCUUGCGGUGCUGAAGAUGAAAGAGAGCACAGGACUGUCCAGUGUCGAUAUGAAACCCGGACAUUUGCCAUCGGCAUCAAACACACCGUCUUCUUCCUGGAGAACAACACACUCUGCUCGUCUGUCCCACACAAGCCUCUGGAUCUUUCCCAGCACUUGAGAGCCCGCCCACCUGUGAAUCUAUCCUCCCAUGAUGGAGGUGAUGGAGGCCGGCGGCUCAGCUGGUCCAGCCCGUACCCCUCGUCUUCCUCUCUGAACAGAAACCUCACAUAUCAGCUCAGCUACAGGACACACGGACAGGACAAAUGGACGGUUAGCAUCAAAUAA